CAUUACGAAAGAAAAUUUUUGUUUUCUUCAUGCAGUGGUAACUGCCGAGCACGUGUGGAAUUUCUUAAAAUCAUUAACAAAACACAAAUUGAUUUCCCUCUCUUUUUUGACAGAGGUGUAAUGAUUGCUACAAUGGAUAAAUAUUUUUUCCCAGAAGAUGACAAUUUUCUGGGUCCAGCGAGUGGGUUGAUUAGUCUCAUGGAUUCCACUGAGCCAGCCGAGCGGGGUUCAGUAGAAAAACCUACAAAUGAUGGCUUCCUCGUCACUGAACCCGAAGCCUAUGAGUUGACAGUUAUCGGAGAGUCCUACCCUGUUUCGGAGUAUCCUCAAUACCCAACGCCUACAGAGCUAAACCACGAACAUUCUUAUCCUGAUUCAGGCAUCGAUAUUAGACCAGAUAAUUCAACUAAGCCGGAAAACGUAAUUCAACUUGUUGAAAAUGAGACAAUGUGUGAAGAAAAACUUCAAGUUGAGAAGGCACGAGAUGUUGCGACCCAGCCGCUCCGAAGUCAAGGGAUGGAUUCGUUUUUACCACCAGCGUUUACUUUCACGUCAGGAUCAACUCACCCGAUUCCGUUAACAUCUCUAAGCGAUCCAUUUGAAAGCGAUUGUUUACCAAUUCAUCAUAACGGUUCGCAACAUGAGAAGCUGGAUUAUUCAUUCAUCUCUUCACAGUCCUCGGCUUACAAUAACUCGGAAAAAGAACAAAGGACUGUUGAAAUGCCCAAACACAUACAUAAAGAUCAUCAUACUUCUUUCUUUGGAAUUGUAGAGCUUAACAACAACAUAACUAUUAAAACAAGCAAUCUUGGGGUUACUGAGUCCGAGAGGCAUUCUUUAUAUGAACUUACACCGCCUGCGGAAGAAACGUUAGACUUGGACAAGGUCAUGAGCCUCCCAUCUCAAACUAACCCUCCUCAGCCUAACCAUAUUCCAGUAGAUGAUGCUCAUAACAUGCACAAUCCAUUCUCUGAACACAUCAUUCAACAGCAUUGCCAACCACAGGCACAAAUUCUAGAAAAUUCCCAGCAAGAUUUUGAACAUCAAAAGUUAGAGCCACAACAACCAAUACCUAUCUACGAACAAGAACUACAACAAAUCGGGCCCCAUCGUCCUUCUCCUGUGCAACAACAGUUAAGCCAGCAAGAUCAACUUGCGAUGCAUAGUCUCCGUUAUAGCGGUUUCGUUAACGAAAACACAACGUCCGUAAUGACAAACUCAGGCCUGAUAAAUUCUCCAGCGUUGGAAGAUGUUCCUGUCCAUCAUGUGAUACCUCACCUCAACCGCCAACCCCCCCAGAAGCAUAUGCCCACAUUCGACCAAACGUUUGAAGGCCAAUAUAGUAUGGAGAUGCAGUCAGAUUUCCCUUUAAAAGGAGUGCCUAUUAUCGAACACGACCUCAACGACCUUAACUUUUCUCAUCCUUCCCUGCCAAGUGGACUUCUUCACCCACCCUCCAACGUCACCCCGCCAGCACCGCAACACUCAAAGAACCCUACGCACCGGCAGUGUCCAAAGCCCACUCGAAGGAGAAGACACCGAGCGCCGCCAAAAGAAGUCGUAAAAACACGUCGUGUACAAGCAAAUGCACGAGAAAGACGCAGGAUGCACGGUCUUAACGACGCAUUUGAAAGACUCAGGGAAGUUGUGCCUUGUCUUGGCAGUGACCGGAAACUCUCCAAGUUCGAGACGUUACAGAUGGCCCAAACUUACAUCUCGGCCCUGCAGGAGCUGUUGAGAAGUACGGACGAACCUCCCAAGAGGUGAAUCCCAGCUAUGUCCAUAGUAAUCCUAAAGAUUUGUAUUGUUAAGCAACAAAACUGUUAUUUGUUAGACAUGAACGUUGUUUAUUUUUUAAUUAUUU